UUGCCGGUCUCUUCCAACGACAUGUCCCAGGGCCUGGGACAGGACACAGCUCCUCUGUCCUCCUCCUCAGACCCCCAGCCCAUCUUCCUGUACCCUCCUGUCCAGAGGAACGUCCAGAAAAGAGCCGUCAAAAAAAUGAGCGUCCUGGGCAGACAGACGUGCCUGGAGUGCAGCUUUGAGAUCCCAGACUUCCCCAACCACUUCCCCACCUACGUGCACUGCUCCCUGUGUCGCUACAGCACCUGCUGCUCCCGGGCCUACGCCAACCACAUGAUCAACAACCACGUCCCUCGGAAGAGCCCCAAAUACUUGGCUUUGUUCAAGAACUACACUGCCUGCGGGGUGAAGCUCUCCUGCUCCUCCUGCCUCUUUGUCACCUCCGAGGGGGACUCCAUGGCCAAGCACCUCGUCUUCAACCCCUCCCACGAGUCCAGCAACAUCAUCCUCCAAGGCCCCCCUUGGAUCUCACAUUCCAGGCACGUCCAGGGCCAGGCCCCGAGCCCGCAGCCCCCCAGCCCUCCCAGCUCCCCCGGCCGAGCCGCUCCCGGCCCGGCCCCGCCCGCGGCUCCUUCCGACCCCGACCCCGACCCCGAUCCGGCCCCGGAGCGGCAGGAGGAGGAGAACCCCGGCGAUCCCGGCGAUCCCGGCGCGGGGGAGGCCGAGCAGCCCCCGAGGGAGCCGGAGGGCAGCAGGAAGGAGCAGCUGUCGGUGAAGAAGCUGCGGGUGGUGCUUUUCGCCCUCUGCUCCGACACCGAGCAGGCGGCCGAGCACUUCAGGAACCCCCCGCGCCGCAUCCGCCGCUGGCUCCGCAGGGUCCAGGCGUCCCAGGAGGAGAACCUGGAGGGGAAGUACCUGAGCCUGGAGGCCGAGGAGAAGCUGGCGGAGUGGGUGCUGACCCAGCGGGAGCAGCAGCUGCCCGUCAACGAGGAGACCCUCUUCCAGAAGGCCACCAAGAUCGGGCGCUCGCUGGAAGGGGGGUUCAAGAUCUCCUACGAGUGGGCCGUGAGGUUCAUGCUGAGGCACCACCUGAGCACCCACACGCGCCGGGCCGUGGCCCAGCCGCUGCCCAAGGGCGUGGAGGACAGCGCCGGCUCCUUCAUCGAGUUCGUGCAGCGCCAGAUCCACACGCAGGACCUGCCCCUGUCCAUGAUCGCCGCCGUGGACGAGAUCUCCCUGUUCCUGGACGCCGAGGUGCUGGGCGGCGGCGGCGACGACCGCAAGGAGAACGCCCUGCAGACCGUGGGCAACGGCGAGCCCUGGUGCGACGUGGUGCUGGCCAUCCUGGCCGACGGCACCGUCCUGCCCGCCCUGGUGCUCUACCGGGGCCACGUGCGGGCGCCCGCCAACGUGCCCGAGUCCAUCCUGCUGGAGGCCCGGGAGGGCGGCUACAGCGACGACGAGGUGAUGGAGCUGUGGGCGUCGCGCGUGUGGCACGAGCACGUGGCCUGCCAGAGCGGCAAGGGCAUGCUGGUGCUCGACUGCCACCGGACCCACCUGAGCGAGGAGGUGCUGGCCGUGCUCAGCUCCUCCAGCACCCUGCCCGCCGUGGUGCCCGCCGGCUGCAGCUCCAAAAUCCAGCCCCUGGACGUUUGCGUCAAGAGGACCGUGAAAAACUUCUUGCACAAAAAGUGGAAGGAGCAGGCCAAGGAGAUGGCGGAGGACUCCACGUGCGACUCGGACAUCCUCCUGCAGCUGGUCUUGUGCUGGCUGGCCGAGGCGCUGGAGGUCAUCGGGGACUCGCCGGAGCUGGUGCAGCAAUCCUUCCUGGUGGCCAGCGUCCUGCCCGGCCCCGACGGCACGGCCAACUCGCCGGCGCGCAACGGGGACAUGCAGGAGGAGCUCAUCGCCUCGCUGGAGGAGCAGCUCAAGCUGGGCCGGGGGCAGGAGGAGCCCCCCGAGCCCCAGGAGGGGGAGACCCAUCCCGAGGAAGCGGCGGAUCCCGAGAUCCUCCACCGGCUCUUCGAGGGAGAGAGCGAGGCCGAGUCCUUCUACGGCUUCGAGGAGGCCGAGCUGGAGCUGCUGGAGGAGGAGAUCUGAGCCCGGGAGACACACACACAAAAAAGAACAGAAAAAAAAAAAAAAGGGGGUUAUUUUUUUGAGAAUAAACGUUGGAUUGAGACCAUGACACUUCCCUGUGGAUUUGUGGGGUUUUAGGAAUUUUCGUAGGCGAUCGCUCGAGAUUAAAACAAAACAAACAAACAAACAAACAAACAAAAAAUAGCCAUUUCUGCUGGUUCAUUUCGGGAGUUUUUUCGUGCUUUUGGUUUCUUUUUUUCCCCCCUUUUAUUUUUUUUUUUUUUUGUUUCUUUUUUUUGUUUGU